UAUAACGUUGAAACUAUCACCUGCCUCUCUGUACGUUAAUUCGCUUUAUCUCCGUUUCGUUAUCUGGUCUGACCAUACGAACUUGUCUCGUUGACUCUCGUUCAUGAUAUCACAAUUUCACAGUCCACCAACUCUAAUUGGGGCAAAGAUUACCCGCUUUGUGCCCUCAGGUAAACUCAUCAGCGCGCCAAUAACUCAGAUCUGCAAUCAUCCUCAGCGAUGCAACAGCAGGAUUCCUUCCAGAACCCCGCCACCACAGACUCAAGAAAUCGUUUCGGAAGUGACUUUUUCCGAUAGCAGAGGAACUAUUAUUGACAAUGCCAUAAGUUGGUGAAUUCCACGCAGUUCUUGGAUUUCCCCGGAGGAGUUACGGAGAAGUGUGACAAAAUUCUACGACGGAGUGGCCCAUUCCGGGGGGCUAGACUGUGUGUGUGUGUGUGGUAUUUGAGUCACCUCAACCGACUGAGAGCCGUCGUAGACCUAUAGUCUUUCGCUGUAGGAAGUGAUACCUAAUUUGAAACGAGCUUUCGGUACAUUUGGGAAGAUCUUAAGAAGGAAUCAGGACCACCAUCAUGCCCAAAGGCUUCCGCGCCCGCCUGGAGCCAGCCUCUCACCGCGUGGUGGCGCUGGAGACACGUCGGCCACUGUUCUGCCUGGCGUUGUCCGGCACGGUCACCAUCAUCCUGGCCACAGUGUUCGCGGUGAGCGCCUGGAACCUGCGGCAGCACAAGUUCAACCAGAACAUGCUGGACUUCCACAACGGUGACGAGGUGGCGGCCAGUGUCGUCUGCAACGACUUCUCCUCCGUCUUUUGUGAUGCUUUUGAGAUCUCCCUGUGGGAGAGAGCCAGCGUGUACCUGCUGCCCGACACGGCACAAGUGAACACCAGCGACAAAGUCAGCCUGCCAUUCACCAUGAACCAGAUCCCCACCCGGUUCGAGAACUUCCGGGCCUUCUACCUUCUGGAAGGUUCCUCUAUCGUCCUGGACGCCUGCAGACAGAACGGGUCGCGUCCCGUGAAGGCAGACAUCUGUGUUCUGAAAGGGAGAGACGGGUUCCGAAGAUACCACGACGCGCGUGACACUCACGUGUGCCUGGUGCACCAGUCUGUGCCUGUGGACGCCCGCUGUGAGCCGGGAGACGACACGGGAGGGCCGGUCCAUCUGCAGGUCAACGUCUCCUCCAGCGACACCUACUUCCUGGUGGUCAAGUUUGGGCGACAACAACCGUUUGCUCUGUCGUCAGGGAGAGACGGGUUCCGAAGAUACCACGACGCGCGUGACACUCACGUGUGCCUGGUGCACCAGUCUGUGCCUGUGGACGCCCGCUGUGAGCCGGGAGACGACACGGGAGGGCCGGUCCAUCUGCAGGUCAACGUCUCCUCCAGCGACACCUACUUCCUGGUGGUCAAGUUUGGGCGAAUGAGAUUUUCCCGCGGAAGACGUCCUUCAGAGCUCGGCGUCCUGAUCAACGGCACGCUCACGCGCACGCGCUACGACAUCUCACAUGCUGAGCGGAUGUGCGAUGCGCGGGAGAAGAAAGACUGCAGUUUUCCACUCCCAUGGGCUUCCCACAAAGAUAUCGUCAUGCAGUUCGGCGCACUACGCGGAGACAACGUAAAAACAUCGUUCGUGUCCAAGUGCCAUCUCCGACUUCCGUUCUGGAUCGGUUUGUUCGGAGGUGUACCUCUGGUAGUCAGCGCUGCGGCUUCGGUGUUUUUGGGACUUCUUUUUUGCCGGAAGAGGCGUAGGAAUAUGGCCAGUGCGCGACGGGUAGCGCGGAAGAAGGCGAACAAGCCGGGCGAAAGAAGUGCGUUGGUACACAACGAAGUUAUCGCAGAGGACGGGGGAACAAUGGCUAUUCAGGACGACUAAUUGAUUGUCCGGCUGAUGUAAAUUAUUAAACUUGACCUUGCCCUGCUCUCUCACACACAUGCUCAGAUGCAAGAAAAGACCAAGGAA